AUGCUCAAUUUAAACGACCUUGGUUUUAUCAGGUGCGUGAAGAAUUUAGAAACGUCUAGCGUUUUUUAUGUAUCUCUACAAGGACGACUACGUCUCAUGAAGGUGUAUCAUGCCAUUGAGAAAGAAGUUGACCCGUAUAUCUGCGAGAGCGCUGCAUAUGUUCGUCUGAAGGGGCGAGGGUUAUGCCAGCAAGGGAUUGUCCCAGACUUUUAUGGGGUGAUCGAUCAAAUAGACCCAAGGCAAUGGCAACCUCACUUGAACGGAUUUCUGAAGGAUAAACAUCGCCCAAACGCUAUCCUACUGGAGUAUAUCCCAAAUUUGAAGCAAAUAGGCCUUGAGACAUAUACGGAAGACCGUGCCGCAGCACUUCUGAGCAUCAUUCAAAAGAUCCAUGAGGCUGGAAUCUGCCAUUGUGAUCCAUACCCUCGCAAUAUGAUGGUUCAGCCAGAAACAGAUAGAGUCCUCUGGAUAGAUUUUGAUCGUGCCCAAACUGUUUCUGACGAGUCUAUCACCGAUAGACAUCAUAGUUGGAUGGAAGAUGAUACAUUGAUGACCGCUGAGCUGUUAGACUUUCUGGCAAAAGAUAGGAAGCUCGGGAAGCUUGACCAUGUUUGGGGUUAUUAUUAUCAUUACUCAUGA